CCAAAGAAAAGCACUUGAACGCGCCACGCGGUAGAGGUAGCGCACUGGUGUUAAGGUGUAGCUAGUCCCUCACUACUGCUGCUGUAACCAAAUAUGAGCGAAUACACUUCAACCUAAUACACUCACAACUUUACUGUUUUGUUGUCCGAAACAACACUUAUUAAUGUUAACAUGGACGACUUGCAGUUCUUGGAUAUCUUCAGAGGAAAGCUUAUCAAACUGACCCUCAAGACUUCGUCCUACGUCGGGGUUGUCCAGCGCAUCAACUCAAACAAAACGGUGCUUUUAGCAGACGUUGUUUAUGUUGAGAAGGGAAUAAAAGUCCCUGGGCUGAAGCUGUUCUUCGGGCAUGAGAUUGUGAAUGUGGAAUUUCCCGGUAAGACAAACAGUGGCGAUAGAGAAACUCUUGGCUAUAAACUUGAAGACCACUUGCUUGUAGAAGAGUUUCAGCCGUACAGAAAAAGCAUCAGGCUGGGUGAGUAUGACGAUGAAGAUGAUGAAGUGGUUAUCAACUUUGAGGUCAUUGAUGAAUUUCAUGGGAAGUUUGGCUCUGCAGUGAUGCACAUCAAGAAGCAGCGGUUGAUUGGUGUAGGAGCUGAUGCGGUCGAGGCGUUCCAACAAGGCAGACUGUGCUGGCUGCAGAUUGCCACAAAAAACAAGGUAUACUUAUUUGACAUCCUGGUGCUCGGAGCCCAGGCCUUUAAGAAUGGCCUUUCGAUGAUCCUGGAAAACAAGCACAUACUGAAGGUCAUUCAUGACUGCCGUGUCAUCUCUGCAUGCCUGCUGGCUCAGUUUGGUGUACGUCUAACCAACGUCUUCGACACACAGGUGGCAGAUGUUAUGUGCUUUUACUCGGAGACAGGGGGCUUCCUUCCAGACCGAGUCAGUACUCUGCAAGAGGUGGUGAGUCUCCAUCUGAACGUGCCCUCCUCCCAACUCUCAUCCCUAAAGAUGAAGUCACAGCUCACCAAGGAGGAAAGGGAGUUGUGGUACAAGCGCCCAUGCCCUUUGCCUCUGCUGAAGGUGAUGGCACUGUCAGUGAUCCACCUGCUGCCUCUGAGACUGGUGCUGUUAGACACUCUCAUGACCGACUACAUGGACCUGGUGGACUCGUAUCUCUCUAGCAGCUACAACGAACCAGGAGAAGUAGAGCACAUAAAUAUGGACAGUGUGUUGGCCCUGCCCAGGGAGUUGAGAGAGCUGGAACGCAUGCGUCGGGAGCGCAGGGAGUGGGCCACUAACCGCUACCCUCUCACAGAGCAGGAUCUGCUGGUUCGUUUCAAGCCACGACCGCAGUCUUCACAUCAGACCCAGACCUCACCUCCAGCAGAGGAACCUAGCCAGGAUCCUGCAACUGUGGAAGCUCCUUCCCCAGCACAAGUGGACUUUUUCUAUGACCAGCAGUCCACAAAACCCUCAUCUGUGACUGAUAUUUCCUCUGCACAGUCUACAGCCAUUAAUUCUGAUCUAAUCCCAGCUCUGUCAGACCUCAGGAAACAACAGCCUGUCCACAGACUUGUGUCUCCAGCUGCAGGCCGAGGACUCAUGGGAGUAAGGAUGGAGACAAUGGGUGGAGGGAGGCCCUUGGGGAAAGAGCAGCAGUCAUCCUUCCUUGCCUCCCCCCCUGUAGGAAGAGGCUUUUCUGUCCAGAUACCACCAACCCAGCUUCUCAAGGAAAGUCCAGGGAGGAUGGAGACGGCUCCAACUCUUAGUUCCAGUUCUGCCCAAAACGUGAUGCCCCAGCUGACCCACAACACAAACUCCCUGUCUGGAAGCACCCUUGGAUUGGGAAGAGGCUAUUUUAACUCAGAGGCCAAGUCCCUCUCGUCUCCACUCAGUCAGUCGUUCAGCUCCUUCAGGAAGACAUAGAGGUGCUGCGAAACCUGAGCCUAAAACAUACUCUGUAAAUGUGUUUGCUGUUCCCAGUGUUUUUGUUUCUCUGGAGUGGCCACUAGAUGGCAGUAAACAUUGUUUUGUCUAAAUGCUCACUGUGAGACCAGUUGGUGGUGAGCAUUUAUGUUUUCCUUUUUACAGACAGAAUACUUUGUUAGACCCCAUAGACUGUAUUGCAAAAUAUUAAGGUGAAGAAAGUUUAAUUUUUAAGGUUUACAAGGUUGCAGUGUUAACAAUUGAAUCUCAGUGGAGAAGCUUAGUUGUGUUUCAGUGAUGUUUCAUCUCUACUACAGCUAGUUCAUCAGCACAUUGUUUAUCAGAACAGCCUAAUACACAGUAGGACUGUAAUGAAAGUAACAUAGCAAGACUGGUUGGCAAGCAAACUUACCUGCUAAGGUGAACGCUACAUUUGAACCAUCACUGACUGUUUUGAUGUUACUUUUCUUGACCAAUCACAUAAUGUUCUAGUGUUGAUCCAGUGUCUCCUUUUAUCCACCCAGAACUGCUCUCCACUCAACAUUACAGUCAGUUUUUUUGGCCUUUGUAUUCUCCUGCUUACUUUAGUCUCGUUCUUACAGUAACAUACUAAUUGAGUGAGCAGAGAGGAGUAGUUGAGUAUGUAUAAUCUGAAGUGGUCCAUAGGCCCUAAGUCCUCAUCUCUGUACAAUAUUUUGUACUUACUCUUACUCUUAUUGUGCUUGUACAUCUCUGUGUGUAUGCUUGAAAACCAAAUUAGUGCUCUUGUACUUGUUAUUAUGAAUCCAUGGAUCCACUUCCCACUCACUAGUGCUACUAGUGGCCAAAAACAUAUUGGUUGUCUUUAAUCAAUUGUGUGUUAAAAGCACUGUUUAUAUAGUUUGGUUUUUAGUAAGCAUUAUGCACAACAUACUAGUGGAUAUUUUUGUUCAUUAAUGAGAAAAGGCAUGCUAUUCUUGUUUGUCCUUUGUUUGCAUUUCAUUGGAUCUAGUGAUUUGCUUGUAAAUCUUGCUCAGUUUUGCUUUGACAAUGAGUGUUAAUUCAUUGCAUUCUGAAGGUUGUUAUGUUGAUAGCAAAAUAUACAGUAAAUUUCACCAAUCAGCUCGCUUGGUAAAUGGAAAUACAGUGUUGUUUCUCAGA